UUCUCCGACCGACACCGAGCACCUCCGGGUCCCCAUUCCUCUCCCAUUCCCAGGCACCGAUCCUGCUCCUUCCUCUGGGUGUUUGUCUAUGGGCGAAUAUCUCCGGCAACGGCGACCUCUCUUCCCCUGCGCGUCCCUCUUCCGGCGUUGCCACCCCGUCGUCCAUCGCUACCAGAUCGACGACCGCCCCUUCAUCCUCUCUGGUCUCUGCAGAUCUACGCCGGCGGCCCGCCUUACCGACGGUUCUUCCUAGCCACGACACUUCUGGUUCGCUCUUCGGUUUGUAGCUGAAGUCUCCAUCCUAGAGGGUAGAGGCAUUCCAUUUCCUUCAGUUCAGUGAUUGAGAAUGGACAAUGGAUUUCCUGGCGAAGUUCUGAAGGCUGUUUUUCCUCUACUGGAUGGUAAAGACUUGGUCUUUUGCAUGCUUGUAUGCCGCCAAUGGUGCGAAAUUGCAAAGGAUGAUUACUUCUGGAAAUGCAUCUGCUCACGGAAAUGGCCUUCCAUCUGCAAGCAGCCUCCUUCUGACACAAACUUCCAAAAGCUCUAUUUAACGUUCUCCAAGCCACGGAAGACGGUGCACCUUCCUGUACCUAAGCUCACUUUUGAGGAUCUGGUGUUUUACAUUGACAUGUGGCUUGAGGGAUCACUAAUCUUCUCUCAAGCAGUUUCAGGCUGCAUUCUUCGAGCAGGUUUACAGAACACACCUGGCGGCAUACCAGAUGUACUUGUUGCACAUCUGAAUGCCGCAGACUGCAUUUUGAUGAUGGAAGUCAAACCCAAGCUGACAGUCCCUAUGGGGCCAGCCAUCACCGUGUCUGUUCUUGCCCACCGCAAGGACACCAACAAGAUGACUUGCAUAAUCAAUACGUCGAGUUUUGAUUACAUUGACAGCAAUGCAGCACGGGCAUUGGCAUAUGAAUAUCUCAGGUUUUCACCCAGACACCCUUUCAUAUCAGACAUCCGGGCCUGGAUGUCGUUGCUUUUCCUGUAUAAAGGAACAAACUCUAUAGAGGUAUUUGGUAUUGAACUAGAUUUUUGUGAUGCGGCAAGGUCCGAGCCUGAGAUCUUGUGGCUCUUAGACAUGCUUGAUUGGAAAUAGAAGCUACUCUUUAGUUGUGAUUUGAGCCUUUGAGGUAUGUAAAGAAUUUUCAUCAUAUGUUGAUCAUCUACUGUUGUAGUACUGAAAUAUAUGCUUUAAGAUGUUGGAAUAAAAUGGCGAUGUGCGCCCAUUGGUUCUCUAUACCGUUCA